CGAUGCGAACAAACGACUUCAGGACACAAACGACGUCCUAAGGGAGUUAUUAGAUAUAGGAGUUAUGCCUUAUGACAAACAAACUACAUAUGGGGAUUUGGGCAAACGAGGAUCGAUUAUUGGAGACUAUCUUCAGGCUGGAAUGACUCCCAUGGGGUUUAUGAAAACAAAACAACGGCCCUCCGGAGGAACAGAAGAAGAGUAUUCUGUUGAUAUCGCUAAAUAUCGACAGAUGUCGCUAAUGUCUGUCGGUAUGAACAAGGAUGAUAAUUAUAAGAUGGACAGUUUAGGAGAUGACAUGGACAGUGGAUUUUCCACGAUCCAAGAUCCAUUCGAGUCCGAAGUUGCCAGUGAGGAAAACGUGGAUGAGGAAAAUGAGAGUCUUGAGAGAAAAAUUUGGUCAACUACAAGGAAAGAUUCGACUUCUUCCAUCCAUACACAGUCUAGUAGUCAGAAGAGUAGCUUUCAGCAGCUAAAAUCUUAUUUCAAACCUCAAAUCCACUCAGACUCGCAGACUGUUUCAGUCUUUGCUAGAAAAGCAGAAAGUGACAUUUUGGAACACAAACUACCACGAGAGUACAGUAAUACAGACGCCCAAUCAGAAGGUGGGACACCAUUUAAUCAGACUUUGAAUCAGUUAUUGAAUGUGGAUUCUGAGCCUGCCAGCAACUUUCGACCUCAUGUAUCUAGUACAUCGUCACCCGUAUCUUCAAUAGCCGAUAAACGUGUUCCAACACCUCAAUUUUCAUUCAAAUGGAGCCCAGUUCGACCCAAUAAAAUUCCUUCUCCUGGUCCUCAAACUUGUUCUGACAUUAAUAGGAAGCUUGCAAAUCGUGAUGAACAAGCUGCCAUUGCAGGUGGAGAUGGUCAAUCCCAAAUCAAGACACUGAAAGAGGUGAGAGAGCAAGUUACAGGUGAUAGUGACAGUUUUGAACCCACUGGACCCCCAGACAGAACGUACAAAGUGGUUUUUAUUGGAGAUGCAGCAGUAGGAAAGUCGUCUAUGAUAAUCAGGAUCAGCAAAGGAUUGUUUGUUGGGAACAUCACAUCAACCUUGGGUGUGGACUUUCAAAUGAAAUCCCUGAGAGUUGAUAAUCGGAAUAUUGCGGUUCAACUAUGGGAUACAGCAGGACAGGAAAGAUUCCGCAGUAUAACCCAGUCUUACUUCCGUAAAGCCGAUGGUAUAAUGUUGGUGUACGACUGUACCAGUGAACAUUCUUUUUUAAAUGUUCGACAGUGGAUGGAUGCUAUUGAU